UCGACCCGGCGGUGAGUGAUGACGUCCAGUGUUCAGGCGGGUGUUUGUCUGUCGUGGAGCCGCGCGGACAGAAAAACAAACAAACAAACGGUAGAUUUAGUUGGAGAUCAGCGGCGGUUCAGCAUGUCCUUAGCCGGGAGAUGAACUGGAAUCAACUGGAACUGAACCCGAGGAUCGCAGCCACCGCGAGGAGAGCCCUGAAGUCCGUCAGGGAGGUUUUAUGUGUCUCCGGUCCGGACCUGCAGAGACUCACCGGUCUGUCCCGCUCUGACGUCCAGCAGCUGCUCGCCGCCGCCGCCGCCGCCUGCAGACGACACCCUCCAGUCCCAGCCCUCCUCCUCCAUGGCGGACAGUGUCGCAGGUUCGAGUCCGGCCUCAGACUCAGUGUGGGCUGUCCCAUCCUAGACCGGCUGCUUAGGGGGGGUCUGCCUGUGGGGGGUGUCACCGAGCUCGCUGGAGAGAGCGGAGCGGGAAAGACUCAGCUGGCUCUGCAGCUCUGCCUGUCUGUACAGUACCCCCAGCAGCACGGAGGGCUGGACUCAGGAGCUGUGUAUAUCUGCACUGAGGACUCGUUUCCCAUCAGGCGUCUACAGCAGCUGAUCAGAGAACAGUCGUCUCUUCGCCUUGACGUUCCUCCAUCACUGAUCAACAGACUCCAGUUCAGUGACCACGUUUACAUCGAACACGCCGCUGAUCUGGACUCCCUCCAGGUGUGUCUGUCCCAGCGGGUCCCCCUCCUUCUGGCUCGUGGUCUGGUCCGGCUCCUGGUCGUGGACUCGGUGGCAGCUCUGUUCAGGUCUGAGUUCCUGACUGAUGAUUGGCUGGAAAGGAACAAACAGCUGCUCACCUUAUCCUCCACACUGCACCACCUGAGCCAGGAGUUCACCACACCUGUCCUCUGCAUCAACCAGGUCACAGAUGUUUUCAACUCAUUGGACGACAGUUUGGGUCCUCCGUCCUCUGGCCUGUCACCUGCUCUGGGGUUGGCCUGGGCCAAUCAGGUGAUGGUGCGGUUGAUGAUGCAGCGUCUCCAGGGGACCAUCACCCGUGGCAACCAGAGCAGCUCCCUCCGCAGGCUGGAGGUGGUGUUCGCUCCUCACCUGGCCCGAGAUGGACAAGACGCUGCCGUGUGGAGGGAGGGAGUCCGAGGGGUCGACAGAUAAACCACAGUUUAUAAAUACAUUCAAAACUCCCUUUGAAACAUUUAUGAAAUGUUCCUGUUUACAAACACAGUGUGAGAGGUGAUGUAGGAAUAAAUUAAUCACGUAAUGUCAGAGUCUGUAUUUUAACCCUAACCCUAACCCAACACACAGACUGAGGUGUCUGAACACAUCACUGAGCUGCUUCUUUAACUGAGACUGAUCAGACUGAAAAUCACUGGUUUUCUAAUGGAACUUCUGGAUUAGGCCUUUUCACCAGAAAUCAGCUCAGUGAUCAACCUGUGUGUUUAUAUGUAAACACACGUGUGGACAGUUGACUGUGAGGCCUCAUUCUGUUUACUCUGUUCUACUCUCCUCCUGUUAAUUUCUUCUGCUAACGUCGAAUAACGAAAAUGCCGUCAUGUUUCGGUCAGUGCGCCUGCGCGGUUUGAUUUCAGUAAAGCACGGUGUAGAGUACAAUAGAUAACCGGAUGUUGCUUUGUUCCUUUUAAAAUAAAAGCGUGAAAACA